UACAAGAAGCUACAAAUCGUCGAGCAAUCCACCUCGCUCGCGCCGCCCGCUCGCCUCACCACCAAUGGCGACCGCCCGCGCGCGCGGCGGGCGAGCCUGCGCCGCCCUCGUCGCGCUCGUGCUCCUCCUCCUCCCCCUCCUCCACGACGCGGCCGCGCUGCGGACGUCGGCCAUCUCCGCGGCGCCGGAGUACCCGCACCCGCACCCGCGCCUCGCCGCCAGGCACGCCGCCUCGGCAGCGCCCGCGCUCCCGCCCACGGCCGCCGCGCCGGCGCUGUCGCCGGACAUAAUGCCGCUGCUCCCGUCCCCGGGCCCCGACUCCGACGGCGCCGCCGCGGCGGCGCCGUCCGACGUCAUGCCCACCAUCCAGUCCAGCCCGAGCCCGCCCAACCCGGACGCGCUCGAGCCCGACUCGGCGCUGGCCCCGUUCGGCUCCGCACCCGCCGUCGCCGCCCAGUCCCUCGCGCCGCCGCCGCCGCCGCCGUCGAUGGCGUGGGCGCUCCCCGUGGGCGCGGGGCUAGUGGCCAUGUGGUUGGUGUAGUGGGCGAGUGGUUCUCGCACGCGACAGCAGCUGCAGCUGCAGUGCAGAAGCAGCCUUGGCGUUCAGGCGUGCAGGAAAAAAGUUGGCCGUUGGUUGGUCGGUUGGCUUGGCAUUCUUGGCAGCAAAAACUGUGAAGAAUUGUUGCAUCAUUUCACUGAAAUUUCUUAGCUUUCUCUUGUAAAUUUUCUCUGUCAAUUACGUGGUUGUUUCUUGAGGGGUGGGGCUACAUGCUAUAGUUUUUUCUUUUCUGUUUUGUGAUUGCUGUUAUGAGGGGGUUAUUACUUUGUUCAUUGCUGUAAUAAAAUUGGAGAGAAUACUAGUUUGUUCUUGUCACUUCUCAGUUGUCACUGACUGAAGCUUCAAGCUGCAAAAUUUGCAAUUCCCUGUUCAGCUGUUCUUGUUUCAUGUUCUGUUCUACAUGGACAGUUGAUGCAUGACCCCAAUUGUUCUUCCUUUGAUGGGCCCACA